AUGGUCAACAAGAGGGGUAAGAAAGCAAAACGGCCCAGUUCGGUCUCAGAAGAGCCUAUCCAGACUCCCAAUGGCUCUCCUGAGGAUAUUACCGAACCAGAGACUUCGCCAUACCUGACCGAUGAUGUCAAGCUCAUAAUCGGGCCUGGCGAGCAUAGAUGGACGGUCCAUCGACACUUCGUUGAACAAUCGCCAGUACUGAAGAGUACAUUAGGCUCGUCGAAAUUUACAUCAUACUACUCAUCCACACCGCUAUUGAUCAAUCUCACCGGUGUUGACGCGGAAAUUUCCCAUACUUUUAUACAUUACCUUUACACCGGAGAAUACCAGACUCUGAGGCCUCGGGAAUGCGAUGGUCCCAAAGAGUGGGUGGAAUAUAAGUGGAGUGUUCUUGCCUUCUGCGCUGCGAAAAUAUAUGAGCUACCGGGUCUAGAGGAUCAUGCGCGGGCUCAGAUGGAACUACUCGACGAGUAUGUACCCAUACAUACGAUCCUGGACCUGGCGAGAGAAGUCUACCGUCAACUACCAAUCGACGAUAACGAGUGGUACUCACUCUACCUCCGUGAAAAACUCAAGAUAGCUUUCGAGCAAGAUGAAGAUCUAUUCUCGCAAGGUUACUUCACUGAAGACUUGGGACAGGUUUCUGUUUUUGAUAAAUUCCUGGUUGCCACUAUGGUGUCGUUAUUCAUGGAAAAGAUAUCGAUGCUCAAAGAGGCUUCUCCUCGUGUUAAUCAGACGGAUCAGGUGACGGGUAGAUCUCCCGAAGUCUCAACCAGUCCACCUCCUCCUGAGCUACCUCCGAGUCCCAGUGGGACAUUAUCUGAUCGGUGCGCACCUGCAUCAUCGCGUGGAUCUUCGCGUGAGCCCUCUCCUGAACCCGCACAGCCAGAUAUUGCAGAAGAGGAUGAACAGGAUGAACAGGAUGAACAGGAUGAAGAUAAUUACGAUGGAUUGGAGCCUAUUCCAGAGGACGUUGGGGAUUAUGGAGGAAACCAAUAUGAUGGAUACCGAGGGAUUGCACAAGAAUGCACUAUAGUAACCUUCGCUACAAAGCUUCUCUUUGGAGAUAUAUCAGGAGAGGUUUCUGGCAGUGUCAUUAUGCCAACCAAGAUAAUCUAUAGCUCAGGGAUUCGUGAAAAACUAAUCGAUCUCGAUAUCUUUCUCAUGCUUGACGAAUGA